AUGGCGUCCGUCGAGGUGGCAUUUUUGGAGACGCCACCGAAGACCACGGAGAAACCUGCAUCUCAAGGCCGUGUCCCACCCUCUCUGCGAGCCAUGCGAUCAGUGCCGAACAAAGAAAAUGACUCCCAGAGGAUCGAUCCUUUCGAACGUGCUGUAUUCACCGAGAACGAUGUGAACCGUCAUGAUGAGGACGAGGACUCGCCGUACGGUGGUGAAACUGAAAGCGUCCAGGAUGACAAUAUUCCGAAAGAUGAACCUUCGCCUGAUUCUGUUUCGUCUCGCUUGUCUGCAAAUCCGGCAUAUUAUACUGACUCAAUAUGGAGUGAUACGAAAUCAUCUGCCGUGAAGAAGGUAAGGGUACGAUGACCUUAUUUCUUCAUGUGCUGGCUUGCUUCGCCUCCUCGCUGAAGUUGAGGUUGUUAUAUGGUUAGUUCAGCAAACAAUAUGAUGCGUCUUUUAUAUUAGUGAAUCAUCUUCUUUAGCGUGCAUUGGCGUGUGAUAGUUUGCACAUUAUAUUUUUCAAGUUUCCUUCUUAAGUAGAGGACAGAGGCAGUGAUAACGUAGGGACUUUAAAAAGCCAUUCAAAGCUGAUUUAUAAAAUCCUCAUGUCACGAGGUAAAUGAGAUAGUAGUUUGUUUAAGUUGCGGCACAAUAAUGUCAGGGUAUUAGGCUACCAACUCCUUAGUGACUGGCUCCUUGUAUUAAAACCAAGUUUCUGGAAGUCUCUAUGCUGGGCGUUUUCCCCUAAUUAUGAUCUACUCUCCUUGAAGCAGGAAAGAUAAUUUUUUAAAUAUUUCAAAAUAAGGAUAUGUGUUAGCGUUGGGUAAGGAAGCUCAGGGAUUGGUUUCGUGUGAACUGAAGCGUAUGAUGUAAGAAAAUUUCGUAUAUUUGAACAGUUCGCCCCGAUUUUGCCUUAUCAAUUCUAAUCAGAACUGUUACAACUGAGAUGCCGUUUACAACUGAGUCCCUAUUCCUCUUCCAUCACUCUUUGCUCUCCUGUGUUGCGAUGAUUCUGUCUUUUUUUCCGUCUAUUAGACUUUUGCUGUUCCCUCAUGGAUAUUUCUCAGCAGUGACAUUUCUGACGGAAGAUGAAGAAAGGGGAGCUCAAUUAUAUGUUAUGUUGACUGUUGCCAGCCAUACAUGAGCAAUUAUCAUGCUAUUGCUGUCUCCAUCCUUUCCAUCCCCUGGUUUCCAUUCCUCUUCCCUGAUAAUCAUGCUCGAUUGACCAUGUCUCCCUUUUUGUAAGCUUGGCCUCUGGUUACCAGGCUUCACGUUGGAGCCUGAAUCCCCUUUUGGCAUGUGAUCACUGAGCCAGAGCCACUCUACUAUAUUAGGCCUUAAAUGAGACCGUAAAAAACAGUCUACAUUUCGGCUUGCAAGGUAGGACUCUUGAUACACAUUGUUGUCCCUUAAGUAGAUAGAUAAAAAAAAAACACCAUCUUGUUAUUACUGUUACGUAUAAAAGGUUUCUAAACCCAUCAGUGAAUAGAUUAUUUUUUUGAAAAUUUCUGUUUAACUUUUCUUCUCUUCAGAAUCAUCGAUGAGCUGAAACUUUGACACGUUCCAUACGUGGCCGCCUAAAAGCAUUGUAAUGUUAGAAUUGAAUUGAACAGCAGACACCAACUUUGUUCCUUUUUACUUAUUUCUUGUGCUGUCAUGUAUGCCCACUCACUAUUCUACCAUUUUGUGGAUUGUGCGUGGUGACAUCGUACUGACAUCGGUUGUCAAUCAUGCUUCCUAUCAUUAGUUUUGUGACUCAUAUCACUAUAUCUAGCUGUUGUAGCAUUUUUUUUUCAUGUGUUUUCUUUUUCAGAUUGGACUCUAAAGCUGUUACAACCUUGGCACUUCAUUUUCUAGUUAAUCGUUUGAUUAUUGUACUUUAUGUAUUGUCAAUCGGUUGCAAGACAUUCGCUGAAGUAUAUUUUUUCAGAAGCUUCAAGUGUGGUGUCAGCUGUCGAAUGGAGAAUGGGUUUUGGGGAAAUUACUGUCUUCUUCUGGAGGAGAAUCUCUUAUCAGUCUUCUUGAGGACAAAGUAAAUGUACUACAGAGAGUUUUUAUUUUGGGUUCUGUUUUUCUUUCCAUUCUAAUGUUUUUUGCUUUAUGUUUGGGAAAUUUAUUAAGGUUUUGCAUGUGAGUACUGAAGACCUAUUACCUGCAAAUCCUGAGAUUCUGGACGGAGUAGAUGACCUCAUGCAACUCAGCUACUUAAAUGAACCAUCUGUGCUGUACAAUCUUCAAUAUAGAUACUCUCAAGAUAUGAUAUAUGUAAGCUUUUUUUAAAACUAGCCUUUCCUCAGUUAAAAUAGGUCAAUAUUUUUCAAUUUUAAAAGCUUUCAAUGUUUGUAGACAAAAGCAGGGCCCAUUUUGGUCGCCAUCAAUCCAUUCAAGGACGUUCACCUGUAUGGGAACGAGUACAUCGAAGGUUACCGUUGCAAAUCCUUGGACAGUCCACAUGUUUAUGCCAUAGCUGAUACUGCGAUUCGUGAAAUGAUGAGAGGUGACAAUUUUCGUUUUUAUUAACAUUACCUUUCUGAUUUUUUCUAUUUCUAAUUUUAGUCUUCUUAAUUGCAGAUGAGGUUAAUCAGUCAAUUAUCAUAAGGUUUGUUUCUUGUUCUUUGUUAGCAUUGCUCAGUCAAUAAUGCCAUGUUUCUUUGUUGUUGUAAUUGAGGUUUUGAUUGUCUCUGAAAUUCAUCAAAGUCUCUUGAAACUGUUGUUGAAACCUUUCUCAUCAGAUAGAAUUUUGUUUUGGCACUUAUACGUGACAUACAUCCAUGUUCAUUUAAUUUGCUUCCUUUUAUUGUUAUGUAUUGAGGGUUUACCUUUCAUCUCUUAUGUCAAAUUUCUCCCUAUUUUUUCUUUCAAUUGAAGAGCUUAAGCUAUCUUAAUUAGGUGUUUUAAGACAUUUCUGAUAUAAGAGUUACCAUGUCUUUCAUGCCACUACAUGAAAUAUUUAAAUGUCUGGUAUUCUCUUCCUGUAUACAAUUGGCAUGAGGGCAUAAGUAAUAACUAAUUGAUAACUGAGAAAAUAUUGUUAUUGACUUUACUCUCAUUUUUUAUAAACUGUUGUUUCCAGCUAAACAGUUUUUUUUUGUAAACAUUUUAAUGAAUUUUUUUAUGUUAUAGAUUCAUUCACUUGAACUUUUUCAUGCCCUCAUCAAAUUUACAUGGUGUUGUUAUGCUAUAGAUAUUAUGGCUUUAUAUGCUGGGUUAUUAUCGUAUAUUUGAUGCAAUCUUACGUAAUAUUCCAUUUCUCUACAACCAAAGUUCCCGGUAUAAAGAGAUAAUAUGCCCGCAUAUUUGGGCUGAAUGAUGGAAAAGUAUAUUUUCCCAUGUAGAUAAAUUUCCUCUCACGACAAAACUAAUUCUUUUACCUUACUAAUUCUAGCUUCCUUCAUUUAGUGGUGAAAGUGGAGCUGGAAAAACUGAGACCGCAAAGAUAACAAUGCAGUAUUUGGCUGCUCUUGGAGGAGGUAGUGGAAUCGAGCAUGAGAUAUUGCAGACAAAUCCAAUACUUGAGGCAUUUGGAAAUGCAAAAACUGCAAGGAAUGAUAACUCCAGUCGAUUUGUAAGCACAAACGACUGUAUACAAUUUGAGAUUUUUGGCUGACACGAGUUUGGGAUUGAUAGUACUCUCUUUCAUCAGCAUGCGUAUACCCACUCCUCUUGUUUCUGAAUGCAGGGUAAACUGAUUGAAAUUCAUUUCAAUGUGGCUGGAAAAAUAUCUGGUGCCAAGAUUCAAACUUGUAAGAUUACUAUAGUAAAUUCCUCUGUGAAAUGUUUUACAACAAUAUCUUCUCAUGAUUAAUGUUCUUGAUUUUGCACUGGUCGCUGCUGUGAACCCUGGUCUUACCUCGCUGGCAGUUUUGCUUGAGAAGGUACUAUAUUCAUCAUGUUUUAUAGUGUUUGCGAACAUAACAGCACAUUUAUUUACUUACCAUAUCCUGGACAGUCAAGGGUAGUGCAAUGUGCAGACGGGGAACGGUCAUAUCAUAUAUUUUAUCAGCUGUGUUCUGGCGCUCCUAUCGCUCUUAAAGGUAUUAUGUGUGCUCCGUUCUGUUAAUAUACCCUCUGAAAUAAUCAUAUUUGCAAUACAAAUCUGUAUUUCUUGAGUGAAAAGAAAGCUUGGUAUUUUCUGACUUUAAUUUAUCUCUCGUAUAUCUGCUGUUUCACUUUUUUUUCAUGCUUAAGAAAGAUCCACUAUUUUUUUUCACCUCUUACAACUCGGUCAUUGUCUCUGUGCUCUUAUUCUGCUAAAACAUUUUUAGCUCUCUACUAUGCUGUUAGUUUUUUUCCCCCCCUCAACUCCCUUGAUUCCGUAAUAAUUUCUAUGCUCGUGGACGCAGAGAAAUUGAAUUUGAAAGCUGCCAGAGAGUACAAUUACCUACAGCAGAGUGAUUGUUUUUCUGUUUCUGGAACCAACGAUGCUGAAAGAUUUCACCUUCUUUUGGUUAUUUCCUGACCUGCUUUACUAAGAUUGUGGUUAUUCAGUCACCGAUUGUUCGGCUUACUAUCUUGUCUUUUUCCAGGAAGCUUUAGAUGUGGUUCACAUCAGCAAAGAGGAUCAGGACAAUGUUUUUGCCAUGCUUGCAUCAGUUUUGUGGCUAGGCAACGUUAACUUUGUCAUUAUUGACAAUGAAGAUCAUGUAGAUGUCAUGCAGGAUGAAGGUAGAACUGUUCCUUAGAACUUAAUAUCAAAAUAUAUAUUUUAUUUCUCAGAGGGCGGAAUAUAUAUCAAAAUGUAGAUGUCAUGCUGAUUUGAUAAAUCUUAGUGCUUUUACUUUUAUCAAGCUCAAAAUUAUCAAUAUCUCAAAUACCUCACUGGCACACAGCAUGAUGGAAAAUUCACAGAUAGCAUUUGGGACAUGGUAUGGUGCAUUUAAUAGUACAUCCUAAGAUAGCAUGCAUUUGGAUGUCAAGGCAAGUGGCUCCCUUCUCAACGAGAUAUCUCCUGCCUAAAAGGCAUAAAAAGUUAUCCAUAAAAAAUUGAUCAUGAAAAAUGGCAUAAAGCUUGUCUAGUUGAAAAAUAUCAAGUUUAAUGAUAAAACAAGUUCUUCUUGACUUGGUGUGGGAUAAAAUUCACAUGGAAUGAGGUGUAGAUAUUGGUAGAUUAUAAUUCCCUAUAUUAUUUUUGUCAAAAUUGGCUUCGCUUUGCCCUCAUUCAUUGUUUUGUAGGUAUCAUGGCAGUAGAUUAUUAUUUUGUCGUCUAUGCUUUUUGUCAAAACUAGUUUCGUCCUUUUUAAGGGUGACGUAUCAUGGUAUAGCAAGAGUACGCGAGCAUCUAGAUAUAACUUUCGUUACACUGCCGUGAUAACUUCGCUGACAAUCUGGUAUCUAUUUUAACUGUACUUAGCUUUCCACGACUGUUUGAUUUGCAGCUUUGAGUACUGUUGCUAGCCUGAUCGGGUGUGGCUUGGAAGAGCUUAAGUUAGCAUUAUGCAUUCGUAGAAUGAAAGUCGGGACUGAUGAUAUUGUUCAGAAACUUACUUUAUCACAGGUGCUGAAUUUUUCAAAGAAAAUACGUAUUAUUUUAUUUCUUAUUAUUUUGUGUGCUGAAUGUGAAACUUUGCUCAUUUCUGUCCCUUCAGGCUAUUGAUUCAAGAGAUGCACUAGCUAAGUCACUCUAUGCUAGUCUAUUUGAUUGGUUAGUGGAACGGAUCAAUAAAUCACUUGAAGUGGGCAAGUGUCGCACAGGCAGAUCUAUCAGCAUUCUUGAUAUUUAUGGCUUUGAAUUUUUUGAUGUAAUUAUCUUGUACUUCUUUUUGGCUUCGAAUAAAAAAGUUGAUUCUGACUUUACGUCACUUAUUACUAUUAUUUUCUUUUUUUGCAGAAGAAUAGUUUUGAACAGUUCUGCAUAAAUUAUGCUAAUGAAAGGCUGCAACAACAUUUUAAUCGGCAUCUGUUCAAACUGGAACAGGAGGUAGCUCGUUUACCACGAAGUAGAUGAAUAAUAGCAAGUCGGCAUUUCCCUCUCUGUAGCUAUUUUAAUUAUGAAAAUUUUGUAUCUUCUGUUUCUUUUUUUCUCCUAUUUUAGUCAAUGAAUGAGUCAACUAAUGACAGAUUUUAAAUAGAGGUCUUUGAAAAAAAUUCAUGCCCUUGAACAUGAUGAAAAUUUGAUUUGCGCUCUAGAGCAUCUGUGAAUAUUUAUUACUAUGUUAUAUCUUGAGACAAUUUUGAGGUUUGUUGGUCCAGCUUGCCUGUUCCACUGUGUGUAGAGUUCCCAUCCUAUAAAGUCCGGUGCAUAUGCUUGGAAAUUGCCAUUAGUAAUUUGCGAUGGAUGUCUGAUCUGAUUUAAGCACUAAAGCAAGCAUUUACAACUCCAAAAGCCGUUUUGAUAUGAACCAGCCCGGAACUGUAUCACCUUACAAGUCUGAAGUACUUUUGCAUGAUGAAACAUCUGGUGUAUUGAACAUAUGGAGACACAAUUACCUGCUGUUGAUCAUUCUUUCACAAUCUGCCUUGGUCCUUCCCAUAGAGAGCUUUGGGUGCUCCAUUUGCAUCCUCACUAUUCGAAAUAUUCCAUCGAUUAGUUUUUCUCUACUGCGACGAUACAAUAACUUUCACUUUUCUCAGGAAUAUAUUCAAGAUGGCAUCGAUUGGACAAGAGUGGACUUCGAGGACAAUCAGGCUUGUCUAAAUUUAUUUGAGAAGGUGUCUAUACUUCACAUCCUUAUUUUCAUCUAUUUAUUUGUGGAAACAUAAUAUCUGAUGAGCAUUUGAUCAACCGAGUUCCAUAUUGUCGUAUGGCACAUAGCAACGACUCAUAUAAAUGAUUUAUUAGGUUCUACAUAGUUGAGUUCCAUUGUUUAGCCUUCUGAAUGAUUCUCCGGAAUGUGCUGGGGACAAGUCAGUGCCUGUGCAGUAAUUUAUAACUUAAUCAGUGAGAAAAUCCAAAGUGUUGUAUAUUCUCCCUCUUUGGUAUGCACUCAUAACGUACGAUUCAUUGCCAACGAAUUAUCCUUUCUGAGAUUAGCUAGCCCGCGUCUGUUUAUCCCACGCAAACUUCUGAUUGCUCCCCAGAAUCCGUCAUUUCAUUUUCAUAUUAACCAUAUCCCCUUAUAUCUCCCCAGAAUCAAUUAUUUUGUGUAUUAUUUCUUCAUUCCUUUUGCUUAUUAGCUUAUACAGUACUCUCUUACCAAUGAUUUUUAUGCAGAAACCACUCGGAUUACUAUCGCUGUUGGAUGAGGAAUCCACUUUUCCGAAUGGCACAGAUUUGACUUUUGCAGACAAACUUAAGGAGCAUCUGAAUUCGAAUUCCUGCUUCAGAGCAGAAAGGGGGAAGGCUUUUGGCGUCAAUCACUAUGCUGGGGAGGUUGCUAUGUCGCCUCAUCCUAGUACCACACACACACAUACGCAUGUGCACGCACAGAUUGACAAACAUUGGUUCCAUUAGACUGAUGGAUUGUUCUGUUCUACUCAGGUGCUGUAUGACGCAUCUGGAUUUCUAGAAAAAAAUAGAGAUCUGCUGCAUAUGGAUUCUAUUCUGCUGCUUGCAUCUUCCACGUGCCAACUUCCUCAAAUAUUUGCAUCCAAAAUGCUCAGUCAGCCUGAUAAGCCUGGCUGCCAUCCCCAUAGAUCCAGUGGAGCAGAUUCUCAAAGGUUGAGCGUUGCGAUGAAGUUCAAGGUAAUUGCCCUCUAAAGUUCCUGACCAGAACCAACCAUGCCUUCAUCUUUGACUAGGGCGGGCAAACUACAUUUUUGUAGGGUCUGACAAUCUUCUUAUGUGCUCUUUAGGGUCAACUUUUCCAGCUGAUGAAGCGAUUGGAAAGCACCACUCCUCACUUCAUACGGUGCAUUAAACCCAAUAACAUGCAGCUCCCCGGAGCCUACGAGCAGACGCUCGUAGUGCAGCAGCUCCGGUGCUGCGGGGUUCUGGAGGUGGUUCGGAUUUCCAGGUCGGGCUUUCCGACCCGGUUGUCUCACCAGAAGUUUGCUAGAAGGUGACGACAUCUCCUCACUAUAUAUUCUUCUUCUGCUCCUCCGGAUGCCUCUACUCACUCGCCUUCUGAUGCUCUCCCCCUGCCACAUCGCAUCGUCAGGUACGGAUUCCUUCUCCGCCAGAGUGUCGCAUCACAAACCCCUCUCAGUGUCUCUAUCGCAAUUCUUCACCAGUUCAAUAUUCUGCCUGAAAUGUACCAAGUGGGUUACACCAAGCUAUUUUUCCGCACUGGACAGGUGAGCCUUCUAGCCGGUCCCCAUCCACACAUUCCUUCAUAGAUUCUUUCGUCGACUCCAACCCCUCCCCCCCCCCGCUGCUGAUGACAUCUGAUUAUCUCAUAGAUUGGCGUCCUCGAAGACACAAGAAAUCGCGUGCUUCAUGGCAUUCUGAGCUUCCAGAGCUGUUUCAGGGGCUACCGGGCUCGCUCCCGCCUGAAGGACUUGAGGAAGCGAGCCACAACCUUGCAGUCAUGUACUGAUCUUUCUCUCUCCGUUUCUUGCUCUCCUUCCGUCCGACAUAUAUAUCUUGAUUUGCAUGCUUUUGUUGCAGUCAUUCGGGGCGAGCAAGCGAGGCGGCGGUGUUCGGUCCUGGCGGCGGAGCACAGAGCCGCCAUCGUCAUACAGAGAGAGCUGAGGAGCUGGCUGGCGAGGAGACGCUUCCUGGAGCUGCGUGGAGCAGCGGUGGCCGUACAGUCAGGUGGGUGCACGCCAAAACUCUCUCCUUUGCUGCAUCGACAAUCCAGUAACCUCUUAUCGCCAUGAUCAGUGAUCCGAGGGCGGCUCGUCAGAGGACGUCCCGGGCCCUCCACCCCACCGCCCCCCAGGUCCGACCCUACUAAGAAGGUAAGCUUCCUCUCAAUAAUAUCUCGCCAGUGGUUUGGUUUUAGUUAUUUAAAAGGGGGUUUAAUUGGGGUGUUCUCAAGGUCUCCAUGAGGACCUCGCCGCCGCUGGGCGAGGUGGUGGUGGCGACGUCGGCCCUCACCGAGCUGCAGCGGCGAGUCACCAGAGCGGAGGCGGGUCUGAGAGAGAAAGAGGAGGAGAACGAGGUGCUCAACCAGAGGCUCCGCCAGUACGAGAGCAGGUGGUCCGAGUACGAGCAGAAGAUGCGGUCGAUGGAGGAAGUCUGGCAGAUGCAGAUGAAGUCCCUUCAGUCCAGCCUCUCCAUCGCCAAGCGCAGCCUCGCCGUCGACGACGCCUCGCGGCGGCGCUCCGACUCCUCGCCGGAGCAGAGCCUCGAUGGCGGCGGGAGCGGCGAGCGGGCGGCGCUGUCGCGGGUGUUGUCCAAGGACAUGGGCGUGGGGCUGAGCGUGAUCGGCCGCCUGGCGGAGGAGCUGGAGCAGCGAGCGCAGGUGUUCGCCGACGACGCGAAGCUCCUGGUGGAGGUCAAGUCCGGUCAGGUCGACGUUGACCUGAACCCCGACCGCGAGUUCCGGCGGCUGAAGUUGACUUUCGACUCCUGGAAGAAGGACUUCGGGCUGAGGCUCCGGGAGACCAAGGCCAUCCUCCAAAAACUCGGGAGCGAGGAGACUCCAAGUUCCGACAAAAGCAAGAAGAAAUGGUGGGGCAGGUGA